AUGAGAGAAACCAUGAAGGAAUCAAUGCCAAGAACGAAGAACUCCAGGUCAUCAAACGACUCCGAAAAGGCUUUCAUCUGCGGAGAUUGCGGCAGGAGUUACAAGGUCAGGAGUUCUCUGUUCAAUCACAGGAAAUGGGAAUGCGGCAAAGAACCAAGAUUCAAGUGCCCUUACUGCACCUACAAGGCCAAACAGAAAGUGCACAUGAUCAGACAUCUGCGGAAGACUCAUAACGUGGAGGAUUUCGCAGACAUCAAUUCAUUGAUCAUCAAUAAUGUGGAUGAAGUGAAGAAGGAGAAGGUUGUCUUGCCAAAGGAUAGUAAAACUACUGACGGUUGA